AUUGGGUGGGAGGAAUCUCGGGCAGGGCCACUGCGCUGCCCGUUCUGCCCGCCAUGCCCGUUCUGCCCGCGGGCAGGGGCUCCGGGGCUAUAAAAUGCAACUUCCGACUAGUGUAAAGCAGUUUGCCGCUCCGGCACCUCAAGCGUUUUUUCUAGAUCUCGAAACCCUAGCAAGCUUAAGGAAACAAAAAAUGGCGUCCAACUACGUCGACGCGGCGGAGGAGAUCAAAUUCGACCACCACCACAACCAACACCAACACCACCACCAACAUCACCACCACCACCACGCCCAGGGCUCGUCGCCGCGCUCCUUCCGCCGCACCCUCUCCUCCAACUCCUCCGCCUGCGGCGACGGCGCCGCAGCCGCCGCCGCGGCGCCGCCGAAGUGCGUCUGCGCCCCGGCGACCCACGCCGGGUCCUUCAAGUGCCGCCUCCACCGCGCCGCCUCCCACCACUCCCCUCCUUCCCCCGUCGCCGCCGCCGCCCCCUCGAUCCGUCCCCCGCCCCCUGCGGUAUCCUCCUCCGCCAACCGCACCGUCGAGGCGCAGUGAUCUGAUCGGUAACCGACGUUCUCGAAACCCUAAGAUCAACAAGAAGAAUUAGAGGGUGAUGGAGGGAACGAUUUGUAAUCUUGGCCAUGUGAUGGCGAGAGUUGUUUACUUGGUAUCAUUAUUUUGCUUCCGCCCAAACCCUACCUUACCUCCUCUCUUUUUUGUUGUAUUGGAUGUAUGGAAAUGGAAAGGGCCGAGUUACGGCCUGUGGUGUAAUAGAGUAUAUAUGUGAUAUGAUGAUGAUUAAGUCAAUAUCUCGUUGAAGAGCUUUAAUUGAUCGAGAUGCUCA